AUGACCAUCAGCGACGACAUGUGGGCUUUUAGCGACGACCCGGGGUCGUCUCUAAAGACUGAUUUUCCUGACAAGUCCACACGUAAUAAGAAGAAUAGAUCGGAGUUGAAGACCAAUCACACAUCUGGCUCUAGAUCUUUUCUUAAUCAUCGCCAUAGUGAGGCAGGAGAGGAUGAAGAAGAGCCCAAUCUAAUUGACUUUUAUAAGAUCUCUCACACAAAUAAAGACGGGAAAUUUGUGACUCCGCAGUGUGAAGAACGAUACAAUUUGAUGGUAGAGAAGUUGGCUGACAAAGAGGUAGAAGUAGAUGAAGAGGAAAUAUUUACAUAAGCUCUUGGUGGGAAACGUUCUGGCCA